AUGUCCUGUGAUAAUAGACAUGCUCGUUACUUGUUGGGAGUGCUGGAGACAUAUAAUCUUCACUUGGCGAGUGUGUUGCCAACUCAUCAUGUGAUGUAUGCCGACGGAUCCUCUCAUGAAUCGUGUUUGGACUUAGUUAUUGCAAGUGACCCUAAUCUUAUACUCGACUAUCAUAUUUCUGAGGCUCCUUUUGCUGCUGGUCACCAUUUCAUCAAGUUAAAUUAUCAAAUCACUAUGCCACGUAUGGCCCCAGUCUGUCGUCUCGUGGUAAUCCGUCACCUCGACAAGGAGUCGAUUCCGAGAGUCGCAAAGCUGCAACAUUUGCUGAACGCGGUCCAGGGACCGGCUGCACUACGUCUGCGAGGUCUCGAGAUCGUCGAGUCGAACUUCGACGUUGCUUGGGACAUGCUACUGCGGCGCUACGAUAAUCAGAACAUACGGCUGUUCAACGCACUAGAGCACCUCAUCGAAUUGCCGCGAGUGAAGGUACGCUGCGCAGAAGAUCUCACGGAUCUGAUUGAUCGCUCCGAGGAGGCCGUGCGCUCCCUGACGGAGCUGCAAUGCCCGGUGAAAUUUUACGACAAUUGGAUUGUCCACUGCGUCGUGAGGAAGCUAGACGCAAACUCGCGUGAAUCUUGGGAGAUUUCGCGCGAGGAGACCCCGGAAUUUCCGAAAUACCAGGACCUCGUACGUUUUUUGGAGCGACGUAUACAGACGCUCGAGCAGUCGAGAAAUACGUCCGACCCUUUUGAUUCUGCUUCUCAAUCGCAAAAAAACCGAGGUAGCAACCAUCGUCGCAUCCUCGCGAACAACACGCAAGUAGAAGAUGCAAGAGAUGGUCGACCGAGGCCUCGCUGUGAUCUCUGCCAGGGCAGUCAUUGGCUGCAUCGCUGCUUCAAAUUCAUCGCAAUGUCCCCGCAACAGCGUGGAGAGGUCUGCAGAAGCAAGCGCUUAUGCAUGAACUGCUUGCAUAAGUCGCACUCCAUUGACAGAUGUCCAUCGGCAUCGAGGUGCUUGAUCUGCCAGGGAAAGCACCACACGAAGCUGCACAUCGAAAACAACAAGGUCAGUCGCUCAAGGAAUAAUGCCGAGGAAACCAGUUCGAGCGAGGGUGCUGCGUCUGGCAAUGGAGGAGACGAGGACGGGAUCAAUACAUUUGCCACACUCACAAGAGCAGAUGUGCUUUUAGCCACAGCAAUGGUGCUGGUCGUGGACGCGAACGGCCGGCCCAUGCCAAUUCGAGCUUUAAUCGAUCCAUGUUCAGAGGGAAGUUUCCUUUCGCAGAGAGUCGCUAGUCAGCUGCACUUGCCGAUCGGUCGGGUCUCGUUGGAUGUCGUCGGGAUGGGCGCCACGGUGUCGUCGAGAGCGCGUUCGGAGGUGAAGUGCGAGAUCAGGUCGAGUCGAUCGCCUGACUUCGCUCGAAAAUGUUCGAUGAUCAUUCUGCAGGAGCUGACGCGAUUAUUGCCGCAGAAGACGUUGAAAGACGAAGAUUGGCCUCAUGUGAAAGGACUCGUGCUUGCCGACCCACACUUUAAUGUGCCGGCGAGAAUCGAUUGUGUGCUUGGAGCGGACGCAUAUCAGUCGUUUAUUCUUGAUGGAUUGAGAAAGGGCCCGGAUAAUGCGCCUGUAGCACAAAAAACCGUUUUUGGUUGGAUACUCACCGGUGCGGCUUUUCAGAAUUCAAAUCUCGAAAGAUCGACGAUUCGAGCGUUCCACAUCACGACUGAGCCGUCCGUGUCGUCUAUGGUAUCCAAGCUUUGGGAGCUUGAUAGUGUGCCGAGCAAGUCGCAUCUUUCCGAGGAGGAAAAGCGCUGUGAGGACCUUUUCAAGAGCACGCACUGUCGCAAUAAGGAUGGGAGAUUCGUCGUGCGCCUGCCUUUUACACGCAAGCUCGACUUGUCGAAUUCGAGAUACGCAGCGCAAUCUUGCCUUGUGCGCUCGGAGGCUCGCUUUCGUAAGGACCCGAAGCUCUACGAUGCCUACAGCAAGUUUAUGCAGGAAUACGUUCAACUCGACCACAUGGAACUGAUACCUAAAGGGCAGAUCAGUCGCCCGGGAGCUUAUUUGCCGCAUCACGGAGUUUUUCGUCCGGACAACCCAAAUAAAAUUCGGGUUGUUUUCAACGCGUCACAUAAGUCGAGCGGCGGACUCUCUCUCAACGAUCUUUUGCUGCCAGGGCCAAAACUACAAUCGGAUAUCACCGUCGUGCUGUCAAAUUGGCGUUGCUUCAGAUUUGCCGGCACUACAGAUGUGGAGAAAAUGUUUCGCCAGAUUCGCGUGCAUCCGGAUGACGUCGAUUGGCAGCGGGUGCUGUGGCGCAAGGACUCGACGAGCCCGAUGGAGGACUUCCGCUGCACAACGGUCACGUAUGGUACUGCUGCCGCACCCUUCCUGGCACUCCGCGUCAUGAAGCAGCUUGCGGAGGACGGAAGUGACAGGUACCCUGAAGCAUCUCACGCGCUCCGACAUCAGCUCUACGUCGACGAUAUUUUCUUUGGAGCUGACACCGUUGGAGAAACUGUGCGCCGAAGAAAUCAACUCAUUGAGCUUUUGGCCACUGCCGGAAUGAAGCUCGCCAAAUGGUCAGCUAAUCAUCGUAGUCUCGUCGAGGGUCUCGUGACGUCGUCUCAGGAGUCGGUGGCGCUGAAGAUGGACGAGGCGGUGUCGACGCUGGGACUCAGGUGGCUGCCCGGCCCGGACAACUUCACUUUCCAAUUUAGGCCCCAACCUGGAUCAAGCACAGUCACGAGGCGCUCAAUACUGUCAGACAUUUCGCGGACCUUUGACCCGAUGGGAUGGCUCGCGCCGACGCUUGUGGUGGCUAAGAUUCUGCUCCAGGACGUCUGCUUGGACGGCUCAGACUGGGACUCGCCGGUGUCCGCGACGCUGGGGCAGCGAUGGAGUGCAUUUUGCUCGACUCUGCCAGAUGUAAGUAGAGUUCGAGUAAGUAGAUGGCUUGGAACGUCGGAAUCAAGACCCUGGCAUCUGCACGCCUUUGCCGACGCCUCGAAGCGCGCUUACGCAGCGGCGCUGUAUGCGGUGACUCCUGGUGGAUCGUCUUCGCUGCUGGUCGCCAAGACAAAGCUGGCCCCGACCAAGGUGCAAACAAUACCAAGGCUUGAGUUGUGCGCGGCAACCUUGCUAGCUCGCCUGGUCAGAAACUUGCUCGACAACUUGCGAUUCCCACCGGCGCAGGUUCAUUGCUGGACGGACUCGAGUGUGGUACUUGAAUGGAUUCGCGGUCACUCUUCAAAGUGGCCGACUUUUGUGGCCAAUCGCGUAAGCGAAAUCCAAACAAGUUUACCAGAUGUGUGUUGGUGUCAUGUGCGAACCGCUGAUAACCCCGCUGAUUGCGCGACGAGAGGACUCGCCCCGAAGGACUUGGCCGCGUUCUCGCUGUGGUGGACCGGACCUGCUUGGCUCGUGAAGGAGGAAAAUCAGUGGCCGAAGAUGGACGUCGCUGAAUCAAUUGUACAAGCCAUGGUCACGACGGAGGCCAGGCCUGAUUCUCGACCAGCGGUGGAAGGAGAGUGUAUGUCACAGUUCGACAUAUGCCCGAAUUUUCGUAUGGUGCUAAAGGUUCUAGCAUUGAUCUAUCGUUGGCACUCACGCGCAUCACAUCGUGUCCGAGGUACCCCUGUAAUCUCCGAUGCAGAUGCUUUGAGGAAGGCAAGAAUCGGCUGUUUCAGGUUAAUACAGCGUUUUCACUUUGCCGACGAAGUCAAGGCGCUUAGAGAAAAGAGGAACUUGAGCAAGCGCAGUCAUUUGAGCCGACUCUGUCCCUUCUACGAUCGAGACGGACUUCUGCGUGUCGGAGGUAGGCUGCAGAACGCUCACGUUCCAUUUGACGAGAAGCAUCCGAUAAUUCUGCCUGGAGGAUGUGCUAUGGUCAGGAGGCUGGUGCAGCAGGCUCACCUGGAGACGCUGCAUGGCGGAGCCCAGCUUAUGAGCUCUCACCUGGCGAGGAAAUUUUGGAUUACCCGUGGUGCACGCGUCAUUCAGUCUGUGUGUCACGGUUGUGUCAGGUGUACGCGUUUUCGAGCUGUAAACUUGGACCAACAAAUGGCACCAUUGCCUUCUGCUCGAGUGACCCCAGGACGACCUUUUGCAACGACUGGACUGGACUACGCUGGGCCGAUAUCAAUCUUGUUUUCGAGAGGUAGAGGAGCGAAGACAACAAAAGGAUACGUAGCCAUCUUCGUGUGUUUGGUCACUCGCGCAGUGCAUAUUGAAGUCGUGUCCGAUCUUACUACACGAGCUUUUUUGGCAGCUUAUUCGAGGUUUUGCGCGAGAAGAGGAAGACCGUCGAUCGUCUACUCGGACAAUGCGACGACAUUCAAAGGUGCAGCCGUGGAGCUCAAGAGGCUUUUUGAAAAAAGCUCAUCGUUCAGUCGUCGCAUCCAAGCUCAAUUAAGCGAACAAGGCACGAAAUGGUCGUUUAUCCCGCCGCGCGCUCCGCAUUUUGGAGGGCUAUGGGAGGCCGCGGUUCGCAGCUUUAAGCACCACUUCCGCCGAGUGAUUGGAGAAACAAAGCUGACGUUUGAGGAACUCGCAACACUGGCGGCACGAAUCGAGGCGUGCUUGAACUCGCGUCCGCUGCGGCCACUCAGCAGCCAGCCCGAAGACUAUGCCGCUCUUACCCCGGGUCAUUUCCUGGUUGGAUCGGCGCUUCUGGAUUACCCCGAGCCGUUCGACGAAGGUGAAAUUUUAAGCCUCACCGAUCGCUGGAGGCUUUUGCGCGGUCUGCGAGACUCGUUUUGGCGUCGCUGGCGAAAAGAGGUCCUUUCGCAGAUGCAGCAGCGCAAUAAGUGGACCGACGUUCGAAGGAGCCUCAAGCCAGGUGAUAUGGUCAUUAUGCGAGAUGAGUUGUGUCCGCCUUCAACCUGGCCCUUGGCACGCGUCGAGAAGGUUCACUUGGGAGCUGACGGACUGGUGCGAGUCGCUACGAUUAGGACGUCGGACUCACGAUUCACGCGUCCCGUAGUCAAGCUCAUCAAGCUGCCAACCGAUCUGGACCUCAAGAGUGAUUCUCAGCCUGAAGUCGAGACAAGCUAG